GGCGCGGGAAGGGAACCAGCACCUCUGCCGCAGGCGCCGUAGUCUCGGGGCUCGCGGUUCAGCGCCCCACAUCCCCGUAGGUGGAUGCGGAGAGGAAACUGCUGCGCUUCCCCCUGCAUCCAUCAAAGUGAUGGCACCAAGAAGAAAUGAGAAAAGCAGUCUUCCUGUCCCACUUCCAGAAGGCAAAGUUCUAGAUGACAUGGAAGGAAAGCAAUGGGUACUGGGCAAGAUGAUUGGCUCUGGAGGAUUUGGAUUAAUAUACUUAGCUUUCCCCAUAAAUAAAACAAACAAAGAUGCAAGCCAUGUAAUAAAAGUGGAAUACCAGGAAAAUGGUCCAUUAUUUUCAGAGCUUAAAUUUUAUCAGAGAGCUGCAAAAAAAGACUAUAUCAAAAAGUGGAUAGAACAGAAACAACUUGAUUAUUUAGGAAUUCCUAUGUUUUACGGGUUUGGCUUGACUGACUUCAAAGGAAGAAGUUACAGAUUUAUGGUAAUGGAAAGACUAGGAAUAGAUUUACAGAAGAUCUCAGACCAGAAUGGUACUUUUGAAAAGUCAACUGUCCUGCACCUUGGCAUUCGGAUGCUGGAUGUGCUGGAAUAUAUACAUGAAAAAGAAUAUGUUCAUGGUGAUCUAAAAGCAGCAAAUCUACUAUUGGGUUAUAAAAAUCCAGAUCGGGUGUACCUUGCAGACUACGGACUUUCCUACAGAUAUUGUCCCAAUGGGAACCACAAAGAGUAUCAGGAAAAUCCCAGAAAGGGCCAUAAUGGCACCAUAGAGUUCACCAGCUUGGAUGCCCACAAAGGAGUGGCCCCAUCCAGAAGAAGCGAUGUUGAGAUCCUUGGUUACUGCAUGCUGCGGUGGUUAUGUGGAAUGUUGCCCUGGGAACAGAACCUGAAGGACCCUGUGGCUGUCCAGACUGCUAAAACAAAUCUAUUGGAUGAGCUCCCCCAGUCAGUGCUUAGGUGGGCUCCUGGAAGCAGUUGUCAUGAAGUAGCCCAGUUUAUGGUAUGUGUCCAUAACCUAGCUUAUGAUGAAAAGCCAAACUAUCAGAAGCUCAAAAACAUUCUAAAUCCAGGUGGAAUGCCUUUAGGACCACUGGAAUUUUCCACGAAAGGAAUGAGUGUUAGUGUGCAUGCUCCGGGCAAUCAGAAACAGGUCAAUUUCCGAAAGGUUGUAGCAAAACAAGUGAUGCAGACGGAGCUCAUGGACAGAGUGGACACUGAGAGAACCAUGGGGUUGCCUGCAACACAGAGAAAGGUGCAAAGAGAGGACACGCUGACUAGACUGUUGCACAGCGGAGCAGCACAGGAGAGAAUAAGAAGAAAAGAGUAUCAUGACUCUUCAGAAUGUUUGAAUGAAGUAAAGAGUCAUGCACAAAAAGCUGGCUACAUGAGUUGUCAAAAUUCAGAUGUAAUUAACAUGACAAGAUGGCCACCUUGUUAUAAAUAUACUUCCACAAGUGGGACGGGGAUCACAGACCUAGAAAGUUCUACAGGACUGUGGCCGACAGCUUCCCAGUUGUCUCUCAGUGAAGAGACAAAGACAGAUGUAUACUAUUAUGGCUUCACCAUAGUUGUCCUUGUGAUACUGGUCUGUCUUGCUCUGUGUUUUCUCUGAAGUUAUCAAUUAAAAUCCUUGACAGAUUUUAA